UGGGCCGCCGGCCGCACGACUGGCCAAGGGCUCCUUCAGGACCCCUGUCUGCAGAGCGCACCCAGAAUUUUCGUCUCCCCGGAUCAUGCACAGAUUACUUCUUCCCAGACUUGUCUGUUUGGGGGACUGCUGGGACCCAACAUCGAAUAUUAAUCAUUGGCGAUUUUUUUUUUAAUUUGGAUAGUCAGUGUGACAUUUGUAACAUUUUAUUGAACCAACAUAGUGAACCCAUUUCCCUCUUUUGCUUUUUAAUACUGAAUCCCCGCCUCCCGUUGCUACAUUAACGAAGUUAAAAAAGUAGGAAGGAAGAAUACUAUCACUAAAUGUACUACUUUUAGUAAAAGCUUAACUUUGAAAAUAUCUAUCCAAUCUAAUAUAAGUAAGCAUGUAAUGAGAAGUCGUAGGCUCAAGAUUGUGGUCUGCUUGGCCCUGAGUCUUUAUAGGAGGUACAUGGGAGGUAGAAGAUGUUGUUAGCCCAGAUAAAUCGAGACUCUCAGGGAAUGGCAGAGUUUCCUGGAGGAGGAAUGGAGGCUCAGCACGUGACCCUCUGCUUGACAGAAGCAGUGACCGUGGCAGAUGGUGAUAAUUUAGAAAAUAUGGAAGGUGUAAGCUUGCAGGCAGUAACACUUGCAGAUGGUUCCACUGCUUACAUACAACACAAUUCUAAAGAAGGAAAGCUCAUAGAUGGCCAAGUCAUUCAGUUGGAGGAUGGCUCUGCUGCCUACGUUCAACAUGUACCUCUACCGAAAAGUGCAGGGGACAGUUUGCGGCUAGAGGAUGGGCAAGCAGUGCAGUUAGAAGAUGGAACCACCGCAUUUAUUCACCAUGCCUCCAAAGACAGCUAUGACCAGAGUGCAUUACAAGCCGUUCAGCUGGAAGAUGGCACCACAGCUUAUAUCCACCACGCAGUGCAAGUCCCACAGUCUGACACCAUCUUGGCAAUUCAGGCUGAUGGGACCGUGGCAGGUCUGCACACUGGGGAUGCAACAAUUGACCCUGACACCAUCAGUGCUUUGGAACAAUAUGCAGCAAAGGUAUCCAUUGAUGGCAGUGAAAGUGUAACCGCCACUGGAAUGAUAGGAGAAAAUGAGCAAGAGAAGAAAAUGCAGAUUGUCUUACAAGGACAUGCAACAAGAGUAACUGCUAAAGCUCAGCAGAGUGGAGAAAAAGCAUUUCGAUGUGAAUAUGAUGGAUGUGGAAAAUUAUAUACAACAGCUCAUCACCUGAAGAUCGCAGCCCAAUGCAUAACCACUAUGCCACCAGGGUGGGCUCCUCAAUAUGUGGGAAAGGUCCACGAGAGGUCUCACACAGGGGACCGGCCUUAUCAGUGUGAGCAUUCCGGCUGCGGAAAAGCGUUUGCAACAGGUUAUGGAUUAAAAAGUCAUUUCAGAACUCACACAGGAGAAAAGCCAUAUCGAUGUUCAGAAGACAAUUGUACUAAGUCUUUCAAAACUUCAGGAGAUCUUCAGAAACAUAUCAGAACUCAUACAGGAGAAAGGCCCUUUAAAUGUCCCUUUGAAGGCUGCGGUCGAUCAUUUACAACAUCAAAUAUCAGAAAAGUGCAUAUCAGGACACAUACAGGAGAAAGACCUUACUAUUGCACAGAGCCAGGAUGUGGGAGAGCAUUUGCCAGUGCAACCAAUUAUAAAAACCACGUGCGGAUACACACAGGGGAAAAGCCAUAUGUCUGCACAGUUCCUGGGUGUGACAAAAGGUUUACAGAAUACUCCAGUUUGUACAAACACCAUGUUGUUCACACUCACUCCAAGCCGUACAACUGUAACCAUUGUGGGAAGACAUAUAAGCAGAUCUCCACACUGGCUAUGCACAAACGGACUGCCCACAAUGACACCGAGCCCAUCGAAGAGGAGCAGGAAGCCUUCUUUGAACCACCCCCAGGUCAAGGCGAAGAUGUUCUUAAAGGACCCCAGAUCACAUAUGUUACAGGUGUAGAAGGAGAGGAUGUUGUGUCUGCACAAGUAGCCACAGUCACCCAAUCUGGCUUGAGUCAGCAAGUUACCCUCAUAUCGCAGGAUGGGACCCAGCAUGUCAACAUUUCUCAAGCCGACAUGCAAGCUAUUGGUAAUACCAUAACCAUGGUAACGCAGGAUGGCACGCCCAUCACAGUUCCAGCUCAUGACGCAGUCAUCUCCUCAGCAGGAACACAUUCUGUUGCCAUGGUCACAGCAGAGGGCACGGAAGGACAGCAGGUUGCAAUUGUGGCUCAGGACUUGGCAGCGUUCCACACUGCCUCAUCAGAAAUGGGGCACCAGCAGCACAGCCAUCACUUGGUAACCACAGAAACCAGACCUCUGACCUUAGUGGCAACAUCCAAUGGCACCCAGAUUGCAGUCCAGCUUGGAGAACAGCCAUCUUUGGAAGAAGCCAUCAGAAUAGCGUCCAGGAUCCAACAAGGAGACACGCCAGGGCUGGAUGAUUAAUCCUUGGAGCAAUAGAGCAGUAAGGCAGGAGGAGCCUUGCAUCGUCUGCCAGCAAAGGCCCACGCAGCCAGGUCCAGGACACCGAGAAGUUCUCCAUUCCCCGACACACACUGUACACGUUUUCAUGCAAGAGGGGAGGACAUUUUCUUCUCGACACUUUGUGUACCUGACCCUUUGAAUAGAUUCCCAAAUUGAUUCAUUGUGCACAGGAAGUAUGAAAAUUGGGCUCUACAGUAACUGUUCAUGUUAUUCUAUCAGAUCACAAACCCCUGGGGUCCACGUGCAAGGCCAAAUGGAGUCUUAGGAUGUAUUCUUACUUACUGUGAAAAAAACGUUCUGUACGUCAAACAAUCAAUUCCAAAAGCCAUCAUGGAUAAAUAAAGAAUGUAAAGCCUUCGACUACCCCCCUCCCCACCUUUAGUAGACUACAGUUUUGUUCUAAUGUAUACUUGUCUGUUUUUAUUUGUAUCCUUUGGUUUGAAGACUAUGCAUUUAUAAGUUCCUUAUUUCCACCCAUUCCCGUUAUGUGCUCUUCAAGCAGAGAUGCUAAUUGUAUUAGCAUUACCUUGGAUUAUGCAUAAAAUCACACGGUUUGGUUAUUUAAAAUUAAACAGUUAAAUCCAGUGCUUUGGUUUUACCAGAGAUUUUACUUAAAGUUCUAUUUUAUUGUUACUGUUUUUAAAAUAAUGGACUAUCCAAGUUUGGCCCAGGUUAUGUUGUCGGGGGUGGCUGUGCUAUAAUUGGAAGUGGCUUUACUCUUCAAUUAAGUCAGUGGGUUGGUAUCAGUUAUUUAUUUUUGCCUAUGUACUUUUGUUUUAAAGCUUAUUUACCCUAAAGUUUAUUAUUAAUUUUGAA